AUGAAGUUUGUCUCUCUCGCCAGCCACAAAAUGGUUCCAUCCAAGUUCGAAGAUUGCUUUAAGAAAGACGGAAAGCAGGCUAAACAGUUAGCCAUAGAGUAUACAGCAGAAAAGGCUCUCUCCAUCAUCGCAGACGGCAGGAAAGAGCACGACACAAGCGCUCCACGGCCCACAAAAAUUGUUUCUGCAUUGGGUUCAGAAGAGGAAGUUUAUUCAGUUGGUGCUGACUGUGGCAUGUUUGCUGCCGUUUUCACUGCCUAUUCUCAUCACUAUAGGCUUAGGACAUCGCCAGAUGAUUGGUGGUUCUGUGUUAUCAAGAGGCUUGCCUGUGCUAUUGAUCAAAACUCGUCGAAAGACUCAGUGCGCAACUUGUUUGUCGAUCAUGAAGGAAAGAAAACAAUCGAAGUAACGGUUCCGGAUCCCACCAUCUACACCGUGGAUUACAACUUUCUGUUCGAUCAAAUAGCAAAACAAUUAAAAGAAAACUUAAAAGUGCCCGAGUUUGUUGAUGGAGUCACCGCAGAUUUUGGAACCACCUCAGCUGUACAGAAGAUCGUCUCGCAGAUUACGCUGAUGUAUUCUGUGAACCAAUAUUUCGACUGUGGAAUAAUGACCUCUUGUGGAAUACCAGCGGUGGAGAUGCUUGGCAGUGAAGAAGACUGGAUGAAAUUGAGUUCUAAGCUGAAAGUUUUAAGAACACUCUUAGAACCUAUAGAGAAUGAUCUUGGCCUUGAACCAAAAUGGUGGGAUCUGGUUCAGAAAGUGUUCUGGAAUCUGCAAACCACCUAUCAGGGACACCCAGAUGAAGAUUGGUGGAGUCAUAUUAUGAGCUAUAAAGAAGCUCAUCAGUCGGGUAUGUAUUGUUCAAUCAAUUUAUACGACUGCAAUACAAAAGGCAAAAAAAAAACUACCGAAGGUGUUAAAAGUAUCAAAACCACAUGAAAAGCUUACAUAAUGCUAAGGAAGCAAGAAUUUACGCUGGCCACGAAACUGGUAGAAAAGUCUUCAGAGAAUUGUCCGUAGACUUGCCAAACGCUGAUGCGCCUGUAAACGGCUUGUUUUACACAAAAAGGAUUGACCGUUUUCAUUUUAUUGUAGUCUUUUUAUCCACAAACGAUAUAUACUAUUGGUUCAACUAGGGAUUGACAGGUGUUUACCAAAACAUAUCACAGCUCAGUAAGCUGAUCACAAGCAGCAGUUUCUAGAACGUCGAAAAAGUUCUUUAAUGGAAAUUCAUCAUUAUUUUGGAACAACAUUCUUUGUGAAGAGUUCGUAUAAUCAUAGUCAGCGCGAGAAGGCUAUCCAAAGCUCUUUUAUUUGAGGUUGUAAGUCAGGUUUAAUGAAGUCUGUCCUAGUUUACAGUCAACUCUUGCCUUGCAUACACCCCGCUACAACGGACCGUCCCGAUAAUAGGGACAGCAGCGAAAUCACCGGCAAAAACAAAUUUCAGACUUUUGGCCUCAAUAAACUCUCAUUAUUACGGACUCUCGCUUAUGAGGACACUAACUUGAGGUCCCCACAGUGUCCGCAAUAUGAGGGAGUUGACUGUACUUCGUCUGAUCUAGGUAGUACAUAUUCACAAAAUUAAGCAAACAAAAAUAAUUUACCGAUUUUGUUUUGUUUCUCAGGAACUCCCGCUGGCGGUAUCAAAGGAUGGAUCACAGAUUUCUUGGAGGGACCACGAUAUGCAAGGGCACUGUGGGGGCCUGGUGACUUUACAAGUGGCGUAGUGGCCGUUCCUUUCACUAUCAAGGACCGGCCUUCUGGUGUCCAGGAUACCGCGGCAUUGGUGGCAGGAAUGCUGGGCUUCACUGUUCAUAGGAUACCCAGCUGUGAUGAGGUGUCUGUACAACCAUUCCAAGGAUGGUCUCUUAUGUUGUCCGAUGAUUCGCCUUUUUGCAAAUUCUGAACAAACCACUGACAUUGGCUUUAUAAAUUAGUUUAGAAAUAAUACGUAACUGCAAGGAAAGUUAAAAUUGUUUCAGUACUGUAAAAUAACGCAUUUAGAAUUUUUUUCAUUCAAAUGUGGGCUCGAUAUUUUUUUUAAAAACGUAGCUAGUGAAAAUUGCAGCCAUUUAAGUGAAAGCCGCGCAGGCCAAAAUGCAGGUUUCUUGAGCGCGAAAAAAGCCCCAAAAUCACACUACACAGAAAAAAAAGGAAAAGAAAAUAGAAAGAAAGCAAAGAGAAAUGAAGGUGAAAAACGUAAUAGUCCCUGUCUUGGUUUUUUUGUUUUCUGUUGUUGUUUUUGCUUUGUUUUUUGUUUUGUUUUUGUUUUUCUUCAUUGCCUAUACUUUGGAGAUGGUUUUCACAACAGUUGGCCAACAAUGAUUCGCACUUUUUUGGUGGAAAAGUCAGACUGGAAUUCCUAAAAUUCGGCCUCUCAAAAUCAGUAGUCAUUUCACCAAACUGAGGCCAAAUCACGAGAUUAUUUUAAUCUGAAAAGCCCGACAGGAUAGGAAAUAUCGAGUGAUGAGAAGGGAAAAAGGAAAAGAGAGAAAGAGGAAAACAAAAAAUCAGUGUUGCACUCUUUGUUUUUAUAUUGUCUAAUUGGAGGAUAGUGUUUCAACGAAAAAAUCUGCUUGAGCGAAAAAAUUCAGCUGAGAAUGCAUGCGUAAUUUUAACUACUUGCAGGCAUCUCCUCUUUCCUUUGAAUUGAAAGUUUUGUGGCACAUGCUGUUUAUGACAAAUAUACUCAGGUUAAGUAAUAUUAAUAUAUACAACAAUUACUUAAUAGCGGCUAGAGCAGUCAAGAAGUAGGGAGAAACACUCGACUACAUUGCGAGUUUGCCCGUAAAAAUCUUUCAUGUUCUAGCCGUUUGCCGCGUGCUUUACAACUUAGUCAACAAACAGAACAGAGAACAGACAGUCAAGGUUUCUUUACUUGUCAAACUUUUCGUAUUACUCAUUACUUUCCGAAUUAACGGGUCAUUAAAGUUAGUAAUUAUCGCGAGAGCUUUUCAUAACAGAGAUUAAGUCACAGUUCAACUGGGGUAUCACAAUGCUGGUCGUAAAUACAGCUGGUCGCUUACUAAAAAGUGAAUUCGCACUGUUUCAAACUUCAUCGAUCUUAUUAUUCAAUUUCAUUUAAUUUGUCAAAUGUUGGAGAAAUUUUCCGGUCUUGAAUUCGAAAAGAACAUAUCUAAAUUUAGAAAAAGAAAAAGAGAAUUUUUGUGUUUUGUUCACCUACUUCAUUAAGCGGGCGCGUGAGGUUAGGAAGUUUCAUGUCACAGUCGUGCAAAGACGGCUACGAAAUGUACAAAAAAGUGUGAUGGACGUGCAAAACAACCUCUUGUUUUUUUUGCCUUUUUUGUAGCCGUCGCAGUCGUUGUUGCUAAAGCUCCCUAUUGUUCUUGAUCCAGAUAUUUUACGACCAAGGUAACGUCGGUAACGUGACGUCAGCCUUUGCAAAAAGCGCACUAUCUUAUGGUAUCAUUAAGAUCCGAUAUUCAAAUUACAGGGGCACCCAACGACAAUUUUCGGAAAAUAUCUGUUCGGAAGACGAUUUGAGAUCUAGAAUUUUCGGAACAUUUUUUUCCAAAAUUUCUUGCUUGUCUGCCUCUCCUAGGAUUUUCGAACAUCUAAAAAGGUCACCUACAAUUUUCGGGAGCCUUUUUUCUGGCUGAAAUUUUCGAAAAGGUAAGUUUUGAUCCCUAUAAUUUUCGAAUCACUAGACUUUCAGCUAGGAAAUCCGAACAGAUGAAAAAUUUUUAGGGGAUAAAAAUAUGCCUGUACCUACCGUUUUAAUAUUAAAAUACGUUUAACAAUGCUAUGUUCAAGUGGUUUUGAACUAUAUUCUCGUUGGGUGCCCCUGAAACUAAAGUUACGGUAUAAUUUUCUUUGUUUUUUCUUUAUGAAUUAUGAAUACUUGUGCAUCCUUAUGCAGUCUAUUACAGUUUUAAUUAAAAACAGCUGACUCUGAGUGUUUUUAAUAGCACCUCCCUUUUUUCUCUUCGGUAUCACUGACGUGAAUGUUUUGAGAAGUUUUCUCAUUGUCCGUGGACAGUUUCUUCUCGAGCAUUUUUUCAGCUAGGUUGUAUAAGACUUCCUUGAUGUUGAUAUUCUCUUCGGCACUUACUUCAAAGAACUGGGCACCGUGCUCUUUGGUCAACUAAAGCAGAAAAGGAAGCAAAGAAAAAAACAGCUAUUAAAACUUUUCUCCACAUUUUCAUUACUAUAUAUUGUGGUAAGUUAUUUAGGUUUCUACGAAUGGCAUCAGCUUAUUAUCCCAACAUCACAACUGACAUGGGCACCCACAGGUAAGUACAAUAAGGGUUAACAAAGACAUGGCAAUUUCCAGGCCCCAGUUGCUUUAAAAUUUGGAUAUAGCGCUAUCCAGUGGAUAAGUAUUAAAGGGAAACCAAUUGCGUUAUCCACUGGUUAGAGAUUUAGCCGGUGGAUAGCGUUACCCACCUUUUGAACAACUGGGACCAGGACUGGAAAAAGAAACAAGGGGAAUGUGCCUGAGAUUCAAAAAAUGCAGCCAAGAAGUAAAUGUGUUGAAACAACUUGAUUGCUGGUCCUGUUCUCAACAAGGGCAAACAAUGAUUAUGAUGAUGAUGAUGGUAUUUACCUGUAACCAGGUUUCACUCUACCCUUUUUUCCUCCAGAAAGCCCAAGAUUAGCAUUUAGGGGACCACAGAUUUGUUGCAUCUGAUUUGGUGGACUUACUGUGAAGUGUCUUACACUUCAGUGAACUCACCUGCUCCCCGUUUUCCUUGCUGACAAUUCUUCUAUCUUCCAUAUGACAUUUGCUACCAAGGAUCAUCUUUUCUACAUCUUCAUUUGCAUGCUAAAAUAGAGUGGGGAAAAAGAAUUAACCCUUUGAGUCCCAAUAGUGACCAACAUUAAUUUUCUCCUAACAAUAUCCAUAAGUUGCCAAGAGAAAAGGUUAUGAGAGUUAAUAAAACUGUCACUAAAGAGAAAAUGCUUUGAUCUGUUAUCAAACUCUCCCAACUAAUUCUUUAAGGAAAUGUAUAGAGAUCAGUUUGGAGAAUUUGUAAGUGGAUAUCGGGGCUUAAAGGGUUAAAGGGUGAUCCUGAAGACUUUCUCUGUCCCAUAAAAACAAUUGUGUGCUUGAAAGAAUAAAUAAACUUUGCAACACUUAGGUUUUAUUACGUUCGACGUUAGGACAACGCAACUCCCUAUGUGGUACUUGGGUAUCCUGUGGUACUAAGGGGUGACCUUGUGAUGUCGUACGUACGGAGGUAUUUGAGUUCGGCGAGGGAAUAAAAUUUGCAGCUGUUUUCGAACUGGGUUUUAUCGCUGAGCUGGCGAUUCUGUCCGUCCUUCCUCUGUGUCACUUCAUGCUUUUCGAAGCGGCAUGUUGAAAUUUUUACAAAAUAAAGCUUUCUAGGAUCUACCUCUCAUCUAUCAGGAUCUGAUAAUUGACCAUACUCGAAGGUGGAUAAAGACAUUUCUCACAUGAUUUUGAAAUAUACAGUUUGAAAGUAAAGAUAAGAAAACUAGUCAGGGGCACCCAACGGCAAUUUUCGGGAAAAUAUCUGUUCGGAAGACGAUUUGAGAACUAGAAUUUUCGGAACAUUUGUUGUAACAUUUCUUGCUUGCCUGCCUCUCCUAGGAUUUUCGAACAUCUACAAAAUGGUAUAAUUACCCAUCUUAAACGAAUAUUUACCCUAAAAAAGGCCACCUAGAAUUUUCGGGAGCCUUUUCCUGGCUGAAAUUUUCGAAAAGGUAAGUUUUGAUCCCUAUAAUUUUCGAUCACUAGACUUUCAGCUAGGAAAUCCGAACAGAUGAAAUGUUUUUAGGGGAUAAAAAUAUGCCUAUAUCUACCGUUUAAAUACUAAAAUACGUUCAAGAAUGCUAUGUUAAGUGGUUUUGAACUAUAUCCUCGUUGGGUGCCCCUGACUAGUGAGGUUGUUAUCACCAGAGAGAUAUUCAUAGUGAUUGCAAGCUGAGAUUCUAUAAUGUCCCAGCGUCUACAAGCGAAAAUUGUACUGCAAGCAAAGCUCCGGGUUACACUCUAUUUUAGAAAGAUCUUCAAAUGCAACCAAACGUCAAGAGCGCCCACAGGACCGGAGCAACUCUGAAAGACGAUGGCUCUCACAGAGACCAGUUUUGGUCAAGUCUUAUAUUUUGUACUUCUGGAGCUGAGAGUUAUCAAGAAGAACACUGGAGACCUAUGUGGCAGUGUGCGUGUUUCGGUUGAGACGAUCUAAUUUAUAUGACAAGACCGUCAAAAGAAGAAAGAAUUGAGAUCUGUUGUAAAAGAAGUAUUUUGAAACUGGAAGAAGACCUAGAUUUCAUCAGUGAUGGCAAGCUACCAAACAUUGACGGUGAGCUAUAUCAAGCUUGAGAUGUUUGUGCAAUAUUGUUAAGUCCUUUGUUAUAAAAUCGUCUAUUGUAGCCUUUAUUAUUGAUUUAACUUAACUCAUUUAUGUAGCCGUAUGCACAUAGUACAUGAGUCUUCCGACUCACAUUUUUAAACGAGUUUACAAUUACUAAAGAUGAUCAUGGGAUUGUUUAUAGUCGAUUGACAAAAUUCAGGUGGUACGAAAAGAUAAAAUGCUUAGAAAAACAAGCAUUAUUGAUAACUUUCCCCCAUUUUCGCGAAAAAAACGAUUAAUUUUUCCUGUAGAUUCGACUGAGAUCAUUGUUUGCAAAUUGCUCCGCGGAAGUGUCUUAGAGUUUAGUUAUAUUAUUUCUCUCGUAUGUUGGGAAUAGGAAAAUGAAAUUUGUGGUAUUUCUUGUACUACUUAUACAAUGGAAUAAAACAAAAAAAUGAAACGAGAAUGAAAACUCUUAUGCAUUGCCAAGGUUAUGAGAGCCUUAACUGUACCUCUUCUAUGUUCCGUAGCCACUUUGAAAUGUUUUCAAACGUCUUCUCCUGGGUUAUAUCGUAUAUAAGUAUAAUGCCCUGCAAAAUUCAAAAACAUGUUUUUAAAUGAUGACUGAUGCUGAAUUGAAAGGGUAUUAAAUUAAUAUGUUUUAAGUAAGUUACGGUGAGACUGAUGUUCUUUGUAUUCUAACUUCUGAGUUUUGAAUGAUCCUAUAAAGUAAUGUGUUUCUUCGAGCAAAAGAAACUGAAUAUCUCACAAAGUAAAUAAUUCCACUAACCAUCGCUCCUCUAUAAUAUUCCGUUGUUAUUUCAUCGAAGCGUUCUCGGCCAGCUGUAUCCCUACAACAACAAUAACACUGCCUUCUUAACACGGGGCAAAGAAGGUUUUCAGAAAAAAAAACUGGACUGAAACAUAGGCAGCAAGAAGGACGCUUCGGUGGUGGUGCAUGUACUAAUUGUCACCAAAGGAUGUAAUAAGGCUUCCCCGAGGGAAGACGUCGCCUGCAAAUCUGAAUUAUUGUUUAUCAAUGUAUGAACUACGAAUUACAGGAAAAUAACUAUCGGAGUAUUUUACCGGCAGCCCAGUAGUAACCUAAACGUUUUGAAAGAACUCCAAAAUUCCUCUCAGUAACAUCACCACAGACAUGAUAUUAAUCAGAGAUUUUAAUUUAAGUGAAUUUGACUGGGCCAGCCGAAUCGAUCACUAACUGGUGCUCGGAGCAACAUACACUACUCUUGCACAUAUAUAAUUCAGGACAACUUCUUAGUAGACGAACCUACGAGGGAUCAAAACAUACUGGACCUUGUUUUAACUACUAACGUUGACUUGUUGAUGGACAAUGUUGUGGUAGGUGAACCCUUUUCUGAUCACAAUUCCAUGUAUCACCUUCACCCUAAAGAGUGCGCCUUACAUGUCUGAAAAAAAAGGUGGGAAGAGGCAAUUUUGAGGGGUUUUCGAGCCUGUAAGAGUGUUUUAUCGGGCUUCUGAUGAAAGAUCGUAGUUAAACAAACCGUUUCCCAGCUUUUAGGAGUGCGGUUUUGAACGUGUUUGAAGAAUUCGCUCGAAACGGAUAAAAUACACCAGAAAUUGUGGCAUCUUUCGAAGGAUAACAUAACUUUAAACAAGACUCACGUCUGAAAACAGUUAACGGAAGCAACGAGCUCGAGAGGGACGUUUUGUUAUACUACUACAUGAGAAAUGUCUGCAAUUUGAUUGGCUUAGAGCAAUGAUAUUUCCGCUUAAUUUGAAAUACCUACAUGUGAAAAUUACAAAUCUUUUGUGGGUAGUUUUUCGAACUCCCGAUAACUCGAACUUUUUUCGAUUUCCCUUGAAGGUUCGAGUUAUCGGCAGUCCACCGUAACCACAUUACAACAUGACAAGAGCGCAUUGCGUCACUGUGAAACCUCAACGCCAAACUGACCAAACCACAUAAGAACGUUAACGUUGUGGCUUCCCAUACACAUGAUGACAAGGCAGAAUGAUAGUUAGUCAAGCGAGUCGUCGAUAUCGUUGUACGCCGACACAUAGCACCGCUCUCGGUGGUUAAAGAUUGCCGAUUGAAAUCAGUUCUCAAGCAAAAACAAUGGGAAAUUCUAACAACAAACCGACCGCAAUAGAUGAUGAAAAAAUUGAAAAAUCUAAGGUCAACGAAACUGUCGUUCGAUACAGUACGACCGCCGAUGGAUUGAACAUGAAGUUUGUCUCUCUCGCCAGCCACAAAAUGGUUCCAUCCAAGUUCGAAGAUUGCUUUAAGAAAGACGGAAAGCAGGCUAAACAGUUAGCCAUAGAGUAUACAGCAGAAAAGGCUCUCUCCAUCAUCGCAGACGGCAGGAAAGAGCACGACACAAGCGCUCCACGGCCCACAAAAAUUGUUUCUGCAUUGGGUUCAGAAGAGGAAGUUUAUUCAGUUGGUGCUGACUGUGGCAUGUUUGCUGCCGUUUUCACUGCCUAUUCUCAUCACUAUAGGCUUAGGACAUCGCCAGAUGAUUGGUGGUUCUGUGUUAUCAAGAGGGUUGCCUGUGCUAUUGAUCAAAACUCUUCGAAAGCCUCAGUGCGCAACUUGUUUGUCGAUCAUGAAGGAAAGAAAACAAUCGAAGUAGAGGUUGACGAUCCCACCAUCUACACCGUGGAUUACAACUUUCUGUUCGAUCAAAUAGCAAAACAGUUAAAAGAAAACUUAAAAGUGCCCGAGUUUGUUGAUGGAGUCACCGCAGAUUUUGGAACCACCUCAGCUGUACAGAAGAUCGUUUCGCAGAUUACGCUGAUGUAUUCUGUUAACCAAUAUUUCGACUUUGGAAUGAUGACCAUGUGUGGAAUACCAGCGGUGGAGAUGCUUGGCAGUGAAGAAGACUGGAUGAAAUUGAGUUCUAAGCUGAAAGUUUUAAGAACACUCUUAGAACCUAUAGAGAAUGAUCUUGGCCUUGAACCAAAAUGGUGGGAUCUGGUUCAGAAAGUGUUCUGGAAUCUGCAAACCACCUAUCAGGGACACCCAGAUGAAGAUUGGUGGAGUCAUAUUAUGAGCUAUAAAGAAGCUCAUCAGUCGGGUAUGUACAUUGUUUAAUCAAUUUAUACGAUUGUAAUACAAAAAAGAAAAAAAAAAACUACCGAAGGUGUUAAAAGUAUCACAACCACAUGAAAAGCUUAGAUAAUGCUAAGGAAGCAAGAAUUUAUGCUAGCUACGAAACUGGUAGAAAAUUGUCCGUAGACUUGCCAAACGCUGAUGGGCUUGUAAACGGCUUGUUUUACACAAAAAGGAUUGACCGUUUUCAUUUUAUUGUAGUCUUUUUAUCCACAAACGAUAUAUACUGCUGGUUCAACUAGGGAUUAACAGGUGUUUACCAAAACAUAUCACAGCUCAGUAAGCUGAUCACAAGCAGCAGUUUCUAGAACGUCGAAAAGGUUCUUUAAUGGAAAUUCAUCAUUAUCUUGGAAGAACGUUCUUUAUGAAGAGUUCGUAUAAUCAUAGUCAGCGCGAGAAGGCUAUCCAAAGCUCUUUUAUUUGAGAUUGUAAGUCAGGUUUAAUGAAGUCUGUCCUAGUUUACAGUCAACUCUUGCCUUGCAUACACCCCGCUACAAUGGACCGUCCCGAUAAUAGGGACAGCGGCUAAAUCCCGGUAAAAACAAAUUUUAGACUUUUGGUUUAAAUAAACUCUCAUUAUUACGGACUCUCGCUUAGAGCGGUUUUCACUUAACUGUCGAAAGUAAUUGAGGAAUUGGUUUGGUUUUGGUUUUACUACGCCCUUUGGUUGGCUAGUGUAUUUACUUUGGUUUUGAUUUUACGACAGUCAAGUGAAAACCGCUCUAUGAGGACACUAAUUUGAGGUCCCCGCAGUGUCCGCAAUAUGAGGGAGUUGACUGUACUUCGUCUGAUUUAGGGAGUACAUAUUCACGAAAUUAAGCAAACAAAAAUAAUUUACCGAUUUUGUUUGUUUCUCAGGAACUCCCGCUGGCGGUAUCAAAGGAUGGAUCACAGAUUUCUUAGAGGGACCGCGAUAUGCAAGGGCACUGUGGGGGCCUGGUGACUUUACAAGUGGCGUAGUGGCCGUUCCUUUCAAUAUCAAGAACCAGCCUUCUGGUGUCCAGGAUACUGCGGCAUUGGUGGCAGGAAUGCUGGGCUUCACUGUUCAUAGGAUACCCAACUGUGAUGAGGUGUCUGUACAACCAUUCCAAGGAUGGUCUCUUAUGUUUUCCGAUGAUUCGCCUUUUUGCAAAUUCUGA